GCGAGAAGAGAGAAGGCGAGGAAUCAAGAAAAUUCUCCCUUAAACUCACCGUUGUCAGGGGGGUCCUCAAGGCUGGUUGUUGCGUCUUGCUCAGCAACCGCACCCGACUUGAGCUCGAGGCAGGAGUGUGCUGAAGGAAGCUCAAUAGCGAGAGCAUCCUUGAGAAGCCACUGAAUCACAACAAUAAUUUCGGACUGAGGAAAAUACGACGGUCAAACUUCGUCGCCUCCUCGCCCGGCUGAUAUAGCCUACUGACCAAAAGAAAAAGUGCAGGGACAAUAUCAUUCAUGGAAAUAAAUUAGAAGCCUGCGAGUUUAAUUUGUUGUUAUUUUUUAUUUUUGGGGGACAACAGCCUUUUGAACCACAAAAUGGCUGAGAUAACCAAUUUAAGACCAGCAUAUGACGUGUCCCCGGUGCUGGCGGGCUUUCUGGGCGCCGGGGUCCUGGUGGUCUCAGUCACGGUGGCCGUCUUCCUCUGGACCUGCUGCCAGCGUCGCUACCGCCAGAUGACGGGCAGCUACAAGCUCCAAUCAGGACCCUGCGACCAGGCCGUGGAUCCGCCCUACAAGUUCAUCCACAUGCUCAAGGGAAUCAGCAUCUACCCGGAGACACUUAGUAACAAGAAGAUAGUCCGUGUGAGUCGACGCCCGGGCUCCUCGCGAAAUGGCGGCGGAUCCGGUGUCGAGUGGGGUCGUAAUGGUGAGCGAGGAAGAGGGGGAGGAGGAAGGGUGAUGCUAGUAGACGUCGACCCAGAAACGGGCCUGCUCAACAGCUCCACCAACCUGCAGAUGAGCCACCUACUGCCCCCUGCUGGACAGCCUAGGUUAGAGCAGGCACUGCCCAUCCGCUCCGACUACUGCUGCCUGGAGAGCAGCUCCAGGGGUAACAGCAGUAGCAGUAGCUGUGACGCCAGCAAGAUAGCCUCGCCCUUUACCCCGUGCCAGGGGGAGGGAAACACCAUGCCGCCCGCUGCCCUAGGUACCCUCAGCCUGGUCGUGGACUACAACUUCCCCAAGAAGGCGCUGGUGGUGACCAUUGUUGGCGCCCAGGGUCUGCCCGCCGUGGAUGAGCAGGCGGGUAGCUCUGACCCCUACGUGAAGAUGACCAUACUGCCAGAAAAGAAGCAUCGGGUCAAGACCCGCGUUCUGAGGAAGACCCUGGAGCCAGUGUUUGACGAGACGUUUACGUUCUACGGCGUGGCCUACAGCGCACUGCCUGACCUCACGCUGCACUUCCUGGUGCUUAGCUUUGACCGCUUUGCCCGUGAUGAUGUCAUCGGGGAGGCGGCGGUACCCCUGGCAGGGGUGGACCCCAGCACGGGACGAGUCCACAUCACCCAACAGAUCAGCAAGAGACACAUCCAGUGUGUGAGCCGUGGGGAGCUGCUGGUGUCUCUGUCCUACCAGCCUGUCACUCACAGGCUCAAUGUGGUGGUGCUGAAGGCCAAACACCUGCCCAAGAUGGACAUCACUGGCCUAUCAGGCAACCCCUAUGUGAAGGUGAACGUGUUCUACGGCUGCAAGCGCAUUGCCAAGAAGAAGACGCACGUGAAGAAGUGCACCCUCAACCCCGUUUUUAACGAGUCAUUCAUCUAUGACGUGCCCGCCGAGCUGCUGGCCGACAUCUCCGUGGAGUUCCUGGUGGUCGACUUCGACCGUACCACCAAGAACGAGGUGGUGGGCCGCCUGGUGCUGGGCGGCCAGAGCCUCAUGCACACUGGGGUCACCCACUGGAGAGAGGUCUGCGACAACCCCCGCCGGCAGAUUGCCAAGUGGCACAACCUGGGCGAGUAUUAGGACGGCUCAGAAAAAUACCCGAAAAUGUUCAAAAAUCAUGCAAUUUCUCAGAGUGGAUAUUCUGUCGAAAAAUCACCACCGCCACUACUAUUUCAAACCUAUUCUCUUAGAAAAUUAAAGAAUGAAAUAAACCCUUCCCGCCUGAAGUAAAGAGACCCAACCAGACCACCGGAACCCCACCCAGCAUGGACAUGUAUGGUUGGACCACUCACUUCUAUGAAAAAUUCCCGCAACCACGGGGGCUGAGAAAAAUCUGACCAGACUUUCAGGAAUCACUGACGACAAAAGACUUGAUUGAAGAUUUCAAAACCAAAAUCUGAAUAAUAAUAAUAUAAUUAUAUAUAUAUAUAAUUAUAUAUAUAUAUAUAUACAUACACACACACACACAUUUGAAUGUAUACACAAAUAUAUAUCCUUCACAUUCAUUACUGUUAGCGAGAUCCAUGUGGUCCUACCGGUUGGGUGGGUGUGUGAAGGGGCUGUGGUUCAUCCAAUCAGAGUUCACAACAGAGAGUGCAUCACAACCCUACCCCUGACCCCCCCUCCUCCAGCCCCCGCCACCCAUAGGUAUAAACAUUCCUUUACUUGCAUGCUUGAACAAGUUCAAAAUAAAACACACCCGGGAAGGAAGAAUAGAGUAGGUAAUACUCUCUCUUAAUCUUAACCUGGGCUGCAUUUCAAACUCAUAAAAGACACCCUCCUCCACUUACCUUCGCCUUAUGCCCUUGGGGGAAUCCCCGUGGCCAUUUUUGUCGUUGGUCCAAAUGAUUAGCCAAUAAAGGGAAGUUGGCAACGUAAGCCCCUCAGCCCUCGUUUUUGAUUGAGUUUGCGAGUGUACAAUUAUGUUCACUCUGGGCCUGAAACGCCCCAUAAUUCAAUUCGCGAUGAUUGUACAUCCGCUAAGAACAGUCAGCCAAAACUUAAAACCUCAACGUCAAUAUGGAUAAGUCAAAAGAAUGUACAUAAGUUAGAAAUUGUGCUACUAAUGCACAUGGCGGCUCAAACAGAUAUCAUAAAAGUAAUGAUGUUUUUGUUUGGUUAGCUUUUUGGAAACGUUAACUUGCGCACAUAACGUUCUCUGACAUCACACUUUUACAUUGUUAUUUUCCAUUUACCUGAUAUAACUUAGUAAGAUGGCUAACAUUCGAUGUCUGCGGAUGCGUUGUCUUAAUUGUCUGUGCGUGCCUUAUAUGCGCUACAACAGUUCCAUGAUGACUGAAAACACAACCGUGGGAUGAACGAGUGACACAUUUCCGGGAAAGAACGGUCCAUUUCAAAUGAAUUAAUACUUCCCUUGUCCUGCAAGUGUCAACUCGUCAGACGUCAUGAAACGUCCAGAAGCGUCCAUUUAAUUUGAGGGCUGAGGGGAGAGGGUGUGUCUUAAGUGUUUGGAAUGCAGCCCUGGUGUACCAAUUCCCUUUAAAUCAGGAAGUAUCCCCUGGUGCUGCACAGGAUUGGGAGGGUUUAUGUUAAUUAGAGGGUGUGGUUAAUUUAUAUUGCGAUUGGGCAGUUUUUUAAGGUAGGGAAAUGUUUUUUUUAACAGGAGUGGUAAUAUUAGAGGCAUGGUUAAUUUAUGGGACAGGAUGGGGUACUAUAUUUAAGUAAUAAGGCACGGGGGGGUGUGGUAUAUGGCCAAUUGCCACGGCUAAGGGCUGUGGUAUAUUGGCCGCGAUGCGUAGUGCCUAAGAACAGCCCUUAGCCGUGGUAUAUUGGCCAUAUACCACAAACCCCUGAGGUGCCUUAUUGCUAUUAUAAACUGGUUACCAAUGUAAUUAGAGCAGUAAAAAUAAAGGUUUUGUCAUACCCUUGCUAUACAGUCUGACAUACCACGGCUGUCAGCCAAUCAGCAUUCAGGGCUCGAACCACCCAGUUUAUAAUACAGUAUUUACCAGGGAUAAUACAGCUGUUGCUAAGUGUUUAAGUUAUAUUCAGGUAAGGCUAUGGGGCUGUCUUGAUGAUAUUUAUCACUACUUAUGUUUCUUUUUUUCUAUGUGGAUCAUAUGUUUCAUCAGUAAGCUCACAUGCAGCAACAAUAUCCAUGAAAGUCAAUAGUCAAACUGCAUGUGUUAGAGCUUUUGCAUGCACAGUGUAACAUGGGCUUGAGUUCAAGCCAGCUCUCUUAGAGACAGGUACAAAAUGGAGACAUUCAUUUUGUGGGGCAGAUUCAUACCAACACUGGCAUAACAAUCAGACAUGAUUAACUUUCAGUUCACGUACAUGUUGGAAAACCGGUGUUCAGUAUAUUACAAUGUGUCUAUGAUAAGUGCAUUGUGGAGCUAAUCAAAACAGUUUCAUCUAAAUUGAGGGGCUGGAAUAAAACUGCCACGUCUCAGUGAUAUCCCUUCACUGAACCCUUCCUCAGUAGCAGACAAGGUUAGUGGAUUGGGUCUGUCCCAUUACAGUAAAUGGAUGAUUUCUGGUUUUACUUUGUGACUGCUGUUGCUCUCACUAUCAUUUGAUUGGUGCAUUUAUUUUUUAGACCUGAUGCGAUUGGUUGAGGCGAGGUUGUAGCCAUGUAGCAUGGGUAUCUAUAAUUCACUGGAGCUUAAUGUACCGAAACCCGUUGUUUAUAGUACAUCUGUUGUCAUAGUGACCAAAGGACCAUGAGUGUAUCUGUAACUUUGUGUCUGUAUCACCAAUCUUACCAGUAUAACCAAUUUUACCAGAGAGAGCUUCGUGGUUUGUUGUUCCACAGUGGCCACUUGACCCUGUAUACACUUGCCUGGCAGUGCAUUACUCCUGUUAAUUUAUGUGAAUAAAUCAUUAAUUUGAAUUAUUAGAAUUUAUAGCCAUGCUACUGGUAACAGCUCAGUAUAUCCUCGUUUGAACUCUGCAUCUUAAGAAUUGUACAUUCAUUUUUUUCAAUAUAUUUUGUGUGUGGUGAAUAUGUGUCAGAAUUUCAAAUGUUAGUCUCCUGCAAUGUCACAACCACUGAACUCAUCAAAGAUGUCCGUGCCGGCAGCUCUCGUUCUGGUUGCCUCUCUUCUCCCUGAGAUCUCUCUCUCUCUCUGUUUAUCACCGCUGUUGCUCCGCGGCACUGUCCCCAUUGUCAUUAUUAUUUAUUUAUUUUACUCUGAUAGUCAAGAGCAAUCAAAGGAAGUCAAGCUGUCACCGCAUGCCAUGUCUCUUUGCUGUGUCUGUACACUGCUAACCUCUUAGCUUGAAUGCUGCAUGUCCCUACACUCCCACACAGGUAAACAUUGUACACAAUCCGCUUCACUGGCCUCUGAGGUGCUCAAACUGCAUCCCUACAAACUGGCUUUAAUGCGAGUUUGAGCUAACUUGAGCUAGCAAACAAAUCAACAUAAGUGUUUGUUAUAACAGUAUUUGCGUGGCGUAGUCACUCAGUAAGCUUAUUUUCCUAACGCUUGGUGUAUCACAGCAACUGCCAUAGCAGUUAUGGCACUGGAAGUGGAUAAGUGGGCAGUUGUGUCCUUUCCUAUAAAAGUAAUCACAUCCCAUAAGGAACUGAGAGUAGGCCGUACUCACAUCUAGGCUGCACACUGAACAUUUUGGAUAUCUGAUUGCACUUUGAAAAGCCCAAAGCAACCUUUUAGUUUUUAUCACUGGUUGAUUUGAUCAAACUUUUUUUGCUACGGAACUAGAUUUUUUUUGUUGCUCUCUUUUGCUACUUUUUGAAGGGGAAAAAAUCGAUUUGUACAAAUUGUAACAUAGGAGGCUAAUAUCUUGUUGUUUUUGCUAUCAAAUUGCCAUAUGAAUUGGUCUUAGUUAGCCCCUCACACACAUUUAUUUUAGUAAAAAGGUACACUCUCCCAGUUCAGUUAUUGACAUCCUGCACAGUUCAUGUCCUUAGUCCUAUAGUUUUCCCUCUCACAGCCAAUAAGAAAUUCAUAUACUGAACAAAAAUAGAAACGCAACAUGUAACAAAGAUUUUACUGAGUUACAGUUCAUAUGAGGAAAUCAGUUAAUUGAAAUAAAUUAAUUUAGCCCUAAUCUAAGGAUUUCAAACGACUGGGAAUACAGAUGCAUCUGUUGGUCACAGAUACCUUAAAAAAAUAGGCCUCUUGGGCCUCAGGAUCUCAUCACUGUAUUUUUGUGGGAUUCAAAUUUCCAUCGAUAAAAUGCAAUUGUGUUCGUUGUCCGUAGUUUAUGCCUGCCCAUACCAUAACCACCGCCACCAUGGGGCACUCUGUUCACAACGUUGACAUCACCAAAUCGCUUGCCACGCGCCAUACAUGUGGUCUGGGGUUGUGAGGCCAGUUGGACAUACUGCCAAGUUCUCUAAAACGAUGCUUAUGGUAGAGAAAUAAACAUUCCAUUCUCUGGCAACAGCCCUGGUGGACAUGAAUGCGGUCAGCAUGCCAAUUGCACGCUCCCUAAAAAGUGUGGCAUUGUGUUGUGUGACAGAACUGCACAUUUUAGAGUGGCCUUUUAUUGUUCCCAGCAGAAGGUGCACCUGUGUAAUGAUCAUGCUGUUUAAUCAGCUUCUUGAUAUGCCACACCAGUCAGGUGGAUGGAUUAUCUUGGCAAAGGAGAAAUGCUCACAAACAGGGAUGUAAACAAAUGUGUGCACAAAAUUUGAGAAAAAUAAGCUUUUUGUGCGUAUGGAACAUUUCUGGAAUCUUUUAUUUCAGCUCAUUAAACAUGGGACCAACACUUUACAUGUGUUUUUAUAUUUUUGUUCAGUGUAGAUACAUGCACAGUAUCUUCAGUUUCCAUCAAAACUAAUAUAUCAAGGCAACUUGUUGAAACAAAAUACAAUUUUCAUUAAGAAGCACUGUGUCCCAGGAACCAUUUCAGUCUUUUGGUUUCAUAAUGUUUGGCUGAUAAAAAUCACAACAGCCACACAGGUUUUGAUGAAAUAGAGAUAAUUUUCCAACUGUAAUUUUUUCCAAUUCAGAGGAAUGUCCUGUGACUAUGAUUUUGUAUUUGUAGGAGGCUUGCAGUCUGGGGCAUAAUUUAAUAAUGUGGAAAUGAGAGCCGUUGAAGUGAGGCAAAAAUUGCAUUAGCUCUAACACCGUAACCCCAACCUGGUCUUGGCUUGGGCACAGAGGUGCUGGGCAGUAGUCUGGAUGUGUGUGUGUGUGUGUUUGCAUUAACCAUAUGGACCCCUGAAGACAGGCUGCUAUGCCCCCCAUUUCUAGUGUGAGCACAGACAUAAAGCACAUCAGUCUCACCACUGAAAGGCCAAUGGGUUGUAGUCCACUGUUUGAUCAACUUUGCCCAGGAGGUGCCAACAUGGUUGCUGAGGAAUGAUGUGAUGUUAUCGUUAUUCAUUGCUCUGGCAGUGCUGGAGAGUUAAACAAUGUAUCUAGUGUGGAGUGUUCAGGCUCCUAACUGUAACUGCACUAAUAGGGGUUGCGUUCAAUAUUCUAAAAGUGUUAAAAAGUGGAGCAUAUUUGAAAGGUGAAAGGAGGAUGACAGUAUCUUAGCAUUGCGGGCCUAAUUCUGUAGAAAAAGAUGGCUGUCAAUGUGUCAGUUGGUUGGUUGGUUGGUAAGGACACCAGUGUUUUUUAGCCUCAUGUCUCUGCAUGACUGUCACGCCCGUCGUUCAAGGAAGACCAAGGUGCAGCGUGGUGAGCGUACAUUUUCUUUUAUUAGUAAAAUGUCACCAACAAAACAAGAAAUAACAAAAACGCCCGUGAAGCUUACAAGGGCUAUAGUGCCCCUAACAAAGACAACUUCACACAAUGACAAAAUGGAAAAGGCUGCCUAAGUAUGAUUCCCAAUCCUAGACAACGAUAGACAGCUGUCCCUGAUUGAGAACCAUACCCGGCCAACACAUAGAAAUACAAAAACAUAGAAAUCAGAACAUAGAAUGCCCACCCCAAAUCACACCCUGACCAAACCAAAUAGAGACAUAAAAAGGCUCUCUAAGGUCAGGGCGUGACAAUGACAGAUAAAUAUUGUGAGAGGUGAGAUGUUUGGCUAACAACAUUGUGAGUUCUGUUCAUGACAGGAAGGUUUAGUCAAGAUCAAAUCAAGAUGUAUCAUAAUUGCUAGUUAACUUAUUUUAGAAAACAAACCAUGUACAUUCUCCCAUUUCUUUAUGCUUUGAAAGAUUUUCUAGUUUCAUAUUUCUAUGUUCUCACUGUUUCUUUUCUGACUUUGAGACACGGGUUGUGUAUAUUACAGGUGCCUGUGAUCAAUAUUCAACAGUUUCCUCCUCUUGUGAGCGUUUCCCUUUGUAAAUAGCACAGAAAGCACCCUGCAAAGAUCAGCAACGAUGUCCCAUAUCACUGAAUAAUCCAAAACAAAAUGAUAUGCUCCGUCUUUGUUACCCUCUGUUUUGCUGGCCUCACCCUGAAACCACAGCAUAAAUAAGCCUAUUUUAUAGAUAUCUACAUUUAAAUACCGUAUAUCCUUGUGUAAAUUACUGUUUGUUCCCAAGCACUAUCAGGCAGAUGCACUGCUGCCUGUCCUUAAAGUAUGUGAUUGUUCCCCCUGGAAUGGCAAAGGGUUCUCCCCUCGCUGUAAAUGUGUUCUAUUGUUGGGGUGCCCUCCCUCUUCCUAUCCUUGGCCCGCACUGAAUCCACACUCCUUUUUCUCCUUUCAGCCCCUUCUUUUCCUCCAUUGACAACCCAUCCCUCUCUUUUACUGUCAUGUGUUGUACAGGCAAUUCUGAGGUGUGAAUAAAUCUGACGGGAGGCAGGUAGCCUAGCGGUUAAGAGCGUUUGGCCAGUAACUGAAACGUCGCUGGUUCGGAUGCCCGAGACGACUGGGUGAAAAUAUGUUUAUGUGCUGUUGAGCAAGGCACUUAACCUUAAUUACUCCUGUAAGUCGCUCUGGAUAAGAGAAUCUGCUAAAUGACUGAAAUGUCAAAUGUAAAUAAAAAGAGAACAAGGAAUUAAUUGGUUGUGAGUAUCCCAUUGGCUAUCAUUGAUUCACCGCCUCGGUCAGAACUGUAUGUUGUGUGGGUGAAAUGCAAAAUAAGACAAGUACUCUGAACUGGGUUUAAACUGCAUAAUGCUAUGAAGUCUAUGCUAAAUAUAUUACACUAAUGCUGACUUGUUGAAUUUGUUAACACAACGAAUGUGCAAAUAAAAAAAUAACUGAUACACUA